CGCGGGGCCUUGGUCGUUGCUCCCUGACUGGCCGCGGUCGCCUCCAUGAAGCGGAAAAGCGAGGGGCGGUCGAGCUCGGCCGCCGAGUCUCCCUGCUCGCCGUGCUGCUUGUCGACCUCACCGGUUGUGAAGAAGAUCCGCAGCUCCACGCAGCAGGACCCGCGCCGCCGGGGCCCCCAGGUCGACCUGUACCUGGACAUCACCGAUCGCCUUCGUUUUGCCAUUCUCAACAGCAGACCAAAGAGUGCAUCAAAUGUACAUUAUUUCAGCGUAGAUAAUGAACUCGAAUAUGAGAACUUCUCCGAAGACUUUGGACCACUCAAUCUGGCAAUGGUUUACAGAUAUUGUUGCAAGAUAAAUAAGAAAUUAAAGUCCAUUACAAUGUUAAGGAAGAAAAUUGUUCAUUUUACUGGCUCUGAUCAGAGAAAACAAGCCAAUGCUGCCUUCCUUGUUGGAUGCUACAUGGUUAUAUAUUUGGGGAGAACUCCAGAAGAAGCAUAUAGAAUAUUAAUCUUUGGAGAUACAUCCUAUAUUCCUUUCAGAGAUGCUGCCUAUGGAAGCUGCAAUUUCUACAUUACACUUCUUGACUGUUUUCAUGCAGUAAAGAAGGCAAUGCAGUAUGGCUUCCUUAAUUUCAACUCAUUUAACCUUGAUGAAUAUGAACACUAUGAAAAAGCAGAAAACGGAGACUUAAAUUGGAUAAUACCAGACCGAUUUAUUGCCUUCUGUGGACCUCAUUCAAGAACCAGACUUGAAAGUGGUUACCCUCAACAUUCUCCUGAGACUUAUAUUCAAUAUUUUAAGAAUCACAAUGUUACUACCAUUAUUCGUCUUAAUAAAAGGAUGUAUGAUGCCAAACGCUUUAUGGAUGCUGGCUUCGAUCACCACGAUCUUUUCUUUGUGGAUGGCAGCACCCCUACUGAUGCCAUUGUCAAAAAAUUUCUGGAUAUCUGUGAAAAUGCUGAGGGUGCCAUUGCAGUACAUUGUAAAGCUGGCCUUGGUCGCACGGGCACUUUGAUAGCCUGCUACAUCAUGAAGCAUUUCAGGAUGACAGCAGCUGAGACCAUUGCAUGGGUAAGGAUCUGCAGACCUGGCUUGGUGAUUGGGCCUCAGCAGCAGUUUUUGGUGAUGAAGCAAACAAGCCUCUGGCUGGAAGGGGACUAUUUUCGGCAGAAGUUAAAGGGGCAGGAGAAUGGACAACACAGAGCAGCCUUCUCCAAACUUCUCUCUGGUGUUGAUGACAUUUCCAUAAAUGGGGUCGAGAAUCAAGACCAGCAAGAACCCGAACCUUACAGUCUUGACGACAGCAUCAAUGGAGGGACACAAGGUGAUAGACUUCGGGCCCUGAAAAGCAGAAGACAACCGAAAACAAACGCUAUUCCUCUGACAUGUCCCCUAGCUGUGCUGACCUCUGCACUAUGUAGUAUUGUCAUCUGGUGGAUUGUUUGUGACUACAUUCUUCCCAUCCUGCUAUUCUGUCUCGAUGGUUUCAGAACAUAGCAGCCAUCAGGACCCCCUGACAGAUAGCUGCUUCUCUCUGUUUCAAGGGCUAAAACGGUCUUGCGUUAAGUAAAAUCCUGUGACCAGAGCUGAAAGAAGACUCUAGGAAAUGAAAACUGCAACAGAAAUUAGCACAAUUUGAAAACAAAACAAAAUUGCAAAAGCCUUAGUUGCUUUCCACCUAAGAAGCGAUCAAUGGAGAAAAUGUCCACUGGAGUUUCAAUAAUGAACUUUGAGUUUGGGUGCAAGCAAAUGACUCAAAGAAGGACCCAGCUCUCAAGCUGAAGGACAAAAAUGCUGUUGUAAAUUUAGUCUCAGGUGUAAAUACCCAAGCCCUCUGGUACCCAGGGAGCUGGCUGGUCUGUGGUGAAUGUGUGUCCCUGUGAUGGCAAGCACUGUAGUUGCUGGCCUUCAGAAGACUUGAGGAUCUGAUGGAGGUUUUUUAUGUAUUUAUUUUCUGUUCACCUUGUGACCCUGUGUCAAAAUUUAUAAAGAUACAAAAGGCAUUACUGAGAUGGUACUUUCUGUAAUUUGAUACUAUUUGGCUUUAUCAUCUUCACUUGACUAUUUGUAAUACUGUUGUAAUGUUAACUCUGUUAAGUAACCCAGCUGCUUGUCUUCCACCAAAGAGUGCUUUAUUAACAAUAAUCUGUGAAAAACACAUUUAAACACUGUUGCAUCUUGUAAUACCAGGUGGUACCUUGGUAACGUAAAACUUGCAAGAGAGUAUUAAUGGUAGCUUUAGAAGACUCAGGAGGAGAAACUGACUUCAGAGUUGGAAGAUGUUGCAAGUCAUUCCUUUUUCUGUCCUUUAGGGACUGAAGAACCGGGAGGUUGCCCAUUGUUUGGCUGCCAGUCAUACAAAUUAAAAUCAUAUUUCCUUCCAUGCAUGGAAAAAACACACUAUUGGUUUUUUGCCUUGGAAACAGCAAUCCAAAAUAAUGUCAACUUAAAAAAAAAAGUUACUGCUUUUUUAGAGUUCUCUGUAACACUACAUUUUUUUUUCCUUAUGAGAUCAGCCUAAGGCCAUUGACGUGGCCUGUGGUCUCAGUGACAAUGAUCUGCUUCUGGAUCUCACUGUUGCCUUUGAUAAGGGAACACAACUGGUAACUCUGCAGAGUGCCUUCUCCCACAACCCUACUGGAACACAGCAGAGUCUGUGCCAUGAAGCAAUUACAGAAAUAGAAUUGAUUUGCUGUCCCCCCCCAGAAAAUAAAAUGGGACCCAAAAUAAAGAAUAUUUGAUACUCACCUCAGUUCCUUCCGUAAGAAGUGGGUGGUUUAAUGAUUUUUAACCCAUUUUUGCCUGUGCUGGGAGCAUGGAGGGCUGAGAUGUUGACAGGCAGUGGGAAACAAAUGCUCUCCUAAGCCACAAGGCUUAGAUCAGUAGGCAACUCCAUUUUAAGAAGCUGCCUUUUUCACAAAACUGUAAGAAAUAAAAGCAGUUGGAAUAAACAAGUUAAAGUCUUUAAUGCAAAAAGUAAUUGAAAGGCAGUGCUUCCGUUUUGGUGUACUUUCUUGGAAGAAAGUGUGAAAUUGACUGGCAUCAGGAGAGACGGAAGAUGCCGUGUUCUCAGUCAAACAAGCAACUCUUUCCCCGCCAGGCACUAUGGGGUGGGGUCAGGCCAGCUUUUAAACACUGGGGACUGGAUCACAGAAAAACAGUGGUUUUCUGUCCCUGGAAAUGAAUAGGCACAAAGAUCCACUUGGCUGUGGGAAGACCACUCUUCAAUAAGAUUUGGGUGGGAGAAAGAACAUUCCAUUUGCUAUUUUGAGCUGAGAAAAUAUAAAUAUUCAAACUGUGCCAUGCAUAAAGCAUUGAAUUCUCAAGGCACCUCUUCUUUCCCUUACCCUUUUUAAGGCCAUCCCCUCCAUAAAUAAUAAUCCAGGUAGUUGUGAAAAUCGUGCUUCCAUCUGAUCCCUUCUUAGUUUGGCUUUUCGUCCCAUCAGAACAAGUAAACGUGGGCACCACAGCUCUUGUGAGCAUUGUCUCCCUCACAGUGAACAAGCCUCCUGGUGUUUCGUCCAAGAAAAUGUAGGGUGUCAGUGGAACCACAGUCGUUUUUCAUUUUAUAAACUGCCUCUUCAUGUUGCCUGCUCAAGUUUCCACCUAGAAUUGCUAUCACGGUGGCUCUUUCUAAAAAUCCUUCUAUUUAACUGGUUCACUGAAAUUGGUCAUAGAAAACUUGUGAUUUGGUGAAAAAGCAUUCCUUGUAAUAACCAAAUGACUUAGGAUGGUGUGCAUAGCAACAGUGUUACACUUAAUGGGGACCGUCUCUGGAAUCCAGGAAGUCUCUGGGUCUGAGGAAUGGAAAGUUUUUCCUGCUAUGAAUGAGAGUGGACUCUUCCCCUCACCCCCGACUGAAACCACAAACACCCAGAAUCCUCUGGGAUUCUGACUUAGAGUCCUUGUUAUAGAAGACCUUGUUGAUAUGGAACAUUAAACUGUGUCUGUCAGAUGGAGAGAUUCCCUUAAGAGCCUUAAACAGCCCUGAAAGUACACCGGGACAGUUUGCAAUGAAAUUAAAAUGAGAAGUGAA